AUGAUAUGGGAAUCACCCUUGGCGAUUCGUGGUGGUGGCCCAAAGGAAUCCAGAAAGGAAGAAGAUGACGAAGAUGAUGAAUGGGAAGAAGUAUAUGACUCGCAAGAAGAGGAGGAAGAGCAAGAGAGGGGCAUGGAAGACGAAUUGGCUGAACAAGCUGUGGAAGACGAGCUUCAAGAAACUGUCGAGGAAACCGAGGAGCUAGUUGAAGAGGAGGAAGAGGAAUCUCCUACAGCAUCAGAAGAAGAAGUCCAAGUAGUUGUCGAAGAAGCAGUGGCGACAGAGGAAGAUGGCUCAACUCUGGAAGAACGGAGCUAUACAGACGACGAAAACUUUUCAUCGUCCUUUGUCGAUCGCAUGGAGGCACGAAUUGCCAACACCAACACGGAUGACGAAAACAGCUCCGCUUUUGUGGAUCGAAUGGAAUUGGCGGAUGCUUACGAUGAAGUGGACGCAGUUACCGAUCAAUAUCAAGAAGAGGAUGGCGCAUUGGCUGCUGUGACAGCUGCAACUGCAAUUGGAGGAGAUGAUGCCGAUCCAAAAGAUGAAGCGGUUGCAGGGGAAGACGCUCAAGACGAACCCACGGCUGUACAACCUACGGAAAUUUCGAAAGAGAUCAAGGAUACCCUGAAGGGUCUGAAGUACAAAUCUCGUGAAAUCAACCAACUACGACCAGAAGUUGCAGCCGAACUAGCUGCGAAAGGCUUGCAACGACCACAAGAAGGUAUCCCGCAAAACUGGUUUGUGGAAGAUGCUUCUCUUGGCGUCUCUAUUCGGGAGCAAGCUUUGAAGAUUUCGGUGGUUUUGGCAGCGUUUGGGGGACUUGCAUUCGUAGGCGCCAAAGGGGACAUUGGCGGUUUGAUUGCAGGCGUACCUUCCGUGCUAAAGUCUCUUCUUCCAGCCAGAUCUUCAGCUCCUAUGCCAGGAUCAAAAGCGGCACUGAUCGCCGAGACAGACGUAUCUCUGGUACCGGCACCGGUAGAAGAGGAGGAAGGCCAGGAGGACGAUCACCCACAUAGCGUCAAACCAAAUUCCACCAGUCCUCCUGCUUACGAAGAGGACCUCGACAAGUCGUUGCUGGACAAAGUGAUUACAAAGAUUGGAAACUUGCUCAAGGCGUUUUGGAAUGCUAAGAUAUAG